AUCUCUUCUUACAUAGUAUAGACUGGCCUUGAACUUUCAGUGAUCCUCCUGCCUCAGCCUUCCAAGUACUGGGAUUACAGGCAUGCACCCUCUGGCCAGUUUAGUUCAGUUUGUUACUCUGAACCUAAGGACUUAAUCAAGCAAUGUGAUGUCCCCAUCCUUUUUCAUUCCUUGGGAUCCUGGUUUCUAUCUCUUGCCUUUCAGAUCCCAGGCUAAAUCAGGUGGCCUCCGGCCUCGAGGCCCGAGGUAUGCAGAGGGGACUUUAAUCAGCGAUUACAGCAUCCUCAUGGACAAGAUCCGCCAACACGAGUUUGUGAACUGGCUGCUGGCCCAGAAGGGGAAGAAGAUGGACUGGAAACACAACCUCACCCGGAGAGAGGCCCAGGCCUUGGAGCAGGCAGGACAGUCUGAGGGAAAUGAGGAGACAGAGGGACAACAGAGAUCCCAGGCUAAAUCAGGUGGCCUCCGGCCUCGAGGCCCGAGGUAUGCAGAGGGGACUUUAAUCAGCGAUUACAGCAUCCUCAUGGACAAGAUCCGCCAACACGAGUUUGUGAACUGGCUGCUGGCCCAGAAGGGGAAGAAGAUGGACUGGAAACACAACCUCACCCGGAGAGAGGCCCAGGCCUUGGAGCAGGCAGGACAGUCUGAGGGAAAUGAGGAGACAGAGGGACAACAGAGAUCCCAAGCUAAAUCUGGUAGCCUCCGGCCUCGAAGCCCGAGGUAUGCAGAGGGGACUUUAAUCAGCGAUUACAGCAUCCUCAUGGACAAGAUCCGCCAACACGAGUUUGUGAACUGGCUGCUGGCCCAGAAGGGGAAGAAGAUGGACUGGAAACACAACCUCACCCGGAGAGAGGCCCAGGCCUUGGAGCAGACAGGACAGUCUGAGAAAAAUGAGGAGACAGAGGGACAAGAGAGGUCUGAGUGACUGACCUAGCCCAGCGCAGGACUGGACUCUGCCCUUCGCUUGCUCAGCUCCUGCUUCUGCCCUGGUCCAAAGUCCAAAGUCUCUGAGAGAAGCAAACCAAUAAAAUCUUGAGCUAAAGUAAA